CGCACAUUCAUUCAACUCAAGUAUUUUACUGAUUCCUAAAAGUUCACUCUCGUGCUGCCCCCUCUUUUUUUUUUUUUUUUUUAUUAUUUAUUUAAAUAAAUUCCCAUCCCCCAUCGAACGUAACCUGAGCGUAAGGUGUUCGAGCGGUAGUAGUACUAGUACUAGUUAGUAGCAGUAGUUAGUAGUAGGCCGGUCGGUGGGUCGGUCCUUACCAGGUUGAGCGCCACCUCCAGCAUAGGCGCCAGCGCGAGCGUGCCGUGGAAGAGCGGCACACAGUCCACGUAGAGCACCGGCACGCCGUGCCCGUCCCUGCGCCGCUCCCGCUGCCGCUCGGCCACCAGCAGCCCGUUCACGGCGCAGUGCGGGUACUUGGCGGCGUGCAGCAGCAUCUUGCAGUACGCCUGGGUGGUGAGCUUCACGGUCAUGGCUGAAAUGCUGGCGUCUAGAGCCCUGUCUCUGGUGGGGAAACGGGCCAUUUCCACCACUGUAUGCCUGCGGGGUGGACAUGGGGUUUCCAAGAUUGAGGAGUAUUCACUUCCAUCCUACAUCGACCGGCUGGACGUCCCACUUCCUGAUGUCAGAUAUGUGACCAACCUGUCCCCCGAGCAGAAAGCUCUCAAGGAGAAGGAAAAGGGAUCAUGGGCAAAGCUGUCUAUUGAGGAGAAGAUGGCAUUGUACCGCAUCAGUUUCGAAAAGAGCUAUGCUGAGAUGAACAAGGGAACAGGAGAAUGGAAAACCAUUUUUGCUGGAAUAAUGUUCUUUGUUGGCUUCACGGGUUUCAUUGUUGCCUGGCAAAGAAAAUUUGUUUACGGUGAUGUGCCCCAAACUUUUACCUCCGAAUGGAAAGAGGCAGAGCUUCAAAGGAUGCUGGAUAUGAGGGUGAAUCCUGUUGAAGGCUUGUCAUCAAAAUGGGAUUAUGAGAACAAACUGUGGAAGAAGUAAAGGUUUUGUGGAACAAGAAUGAGUAAACAGACCAGUUUGUCUAUGUAUCACUUCUCAAAUUUACCUCAGUAUGUACAUUCUGGAAGACCACUUCCUCCUAAGGUUAAGUGUGUAACUUAAUGGAAAUAAAAUUACUGUCGCUCUCUGAA